AGACUGAUCCCGCCACUAAAUCAACUGGAUCUACUAAGAAAUCUGAAGAGCAAGUCGGGACUGUCAUUCAGGUCAGAAACAAAAUCAGAAUUCAUCACCUCCUAAGAUGCAAUGUCUUUAUAACAUUAUGAAACAUGAUGGAAAAUAAAGUGUGCUACUACAUCUAUAAAAAAUAUAGCAUCAAUACUACUAUAUCAGAUUUGACAGAUUAUUGACAAUUGAAUGUACUGUAUGUGCGUUUGUCUGUUUUUUGUUUGUUUAUGUGUGUGUGUAUCUUUGCGUUUCCUGCCCAAACAGGAAGGAACCCCAACCAGAACCCUCCCCAAGGUCAGUAUCAAAACUUUAUUUUACAACAAGGUCAAAAAAAUCUAUUUCACUCUCAUCUCCAACCCAUUUUCCGGUCAGUUCCAAAGUCGACACUGAACCUGAAGACUGUUCAAAACAGUCACUAUCAUUAAGAGUACCAUCCCAUGUCAUAUUAUCACUAAGGUGGCCAACACUCGACCAAACAAGUCCUACAGGCUCUAGUUUUAUCACAUAUUGACGAUUUCACGGUUGUAUGGUCAGGUGCAGCAAAGGACCUAAGAAAGCUUCAGCUGGCCCAGAACAGAGCAGCAUGCCUUGCCCUUCACUGUACUCAGAGGGUUCAUAUCAACACUAUGCAUGCCAGUUCUUGUUUUUAUGAGAAGUAUCUCUGUUGUAAAUCCCAAAUUGUUUGUUUAAACAACUCAAUUCAGAAAGACUUACUCACCCCACCAGACAUGUUACCAGGGGUCUCUUCACAGUCCCCAAAUCUAAAACAAAUGUAAGGCAACGCACAAUUUUACAGUGCCUUCAGAAAGUAUUCACACCCCUUGACUUUUUCCACAUUUUGUUGUGUUACAGCCUGAAUUAAAAAUGGAUAAAAUUUAGAUUUUGUUGUCACACACAUUACCCCAUAAUGUCAAAGUGGACGUGAGAGAACUGGGGAAGGUUGAACACCAGACGGGCUGCAGCGUUCUGGAUGAGUUGUAGGGGUUUAAUGGCACAGGCAGGGAGCCCAGCCAACAGCGAGUUGCAGUAAUCCAGACGGGAGAUGACAAGUGCCUGGAUUAGGACCUGUGCCGCUUCCUGUGUAAGGCAGGGUCGUACUCUGCGAAUGUUGUAGAGCAUGAACCUACAGGAUCGGGUCACCGCCUUGAUGUUAGCGGAGAACGACAGGGUGUUGUCCAGGGUCACGCCAAGGCUCUUUGCACUCUGGGAGGAGGACACAACGGAGUUGUCAACCGUGAUGGCGAGAUCAUGGAACGGGCAGUCCUUCCCCGGGAGGAAGAGCAGCUCUGUCUUGCCGAGGUUCAGCUUGAGGUGGUGAUUCGUCAUCCACACUGAGAUGUCUGCCAGACAUGCAGAGAUGCGAUUUGCCACCUGGUUAUCAGAAGGGGGAAAGGAGAAGGUUAAUUGUGUGUCGUCAGCGUAGCAAUGAUAGGAGAGGCCAUGUGAGGAUAUGACCGAGCCAAGUGACUUGGUGUAUAGCGAGAAUAGGAGAGGGCCUAGAACUGAGCCCUGGGGGACACCAGUGGUGAGAGCACGUGGUGCGGGUACAGAUUCUCGCCACGCCACCUGGUAGGAGCGACCUGUCAGGUAGGACGCAAUCCAAGAGUGAGCCGCGCCGGAGAUGCCCAACUCGGAGAGGGUGGAGAGGAUGAUCUGAUGGUUCACAGUAUCAAAGGCAGCAGAUAGGUCUAGAAGGACGAGAGCAGAGGAGAGAAAGUUAGCUUUAGCAGUGCGUAGAGCCUCCGUGACACAGAGAAGAGCAGUCUCAGUUGAAUGACCAGUCUUGAAACCUGACUAGUUGGAUCAAGAAGGUCAUUCUGAGAGAGAUAGCAAGAGAGUUGGCUAAAGACGGCACGCUCAAGAGUUUUGGAGAGAAAAGAAAGAAGGGAUACUGGUCUGUAGUUGUUGACAUCGGAGGGAUCGAGUGUAGUUUUAUUUUACAAGGGGUGCAACUCUCGCUCUCUUGAAGACGGAAGGGACAUAGCCAGCGAUCAAGGAUGAGUUGAUGAGCGAGGUGAGGUAAGGGAGAAGGUCUCCGGAAAUGGUCUGGAGAAGAGAGUAGGGGAUAGGGUCAAGCGGGCAGGUUGUUGGGCAGCCGGCCGUCACAAGUCGCAAGAUUUCAUCUGGAGAGAGAGGGGAGAAAGAAGUCAAAGCAUAGGGUAGGGCAGUAUGAGCAGGACCAGCGGUGUCAUUUGACUUAACAAACGAGGAUCGGAUGUCGUCAACCUUCUUUUCAAAAUGGUUGACGAAGUCAUCCACAGAGAGCAGCAGUAAAAUAACAGUGGUGAGGCUAUAUACAGGGGGUACCGGUACAGAGUCAAUGUGCGAGGGCACAGGUUAGUCACGGUAAUAUGUACAUGUAGAUAGAGUUAAAGUGACUAUGCAUAGUGUAGCAGUUUCAGGGGUUGUGUUGUGGAUGGACGUUAUGUGCCUGCAAGUUUUUUUGUUUUUUGGCUGCCAGGACCACGGACAGCAAUGCGAAGUAUUCCCACAGAGGCAGGACCAUGGACAGCUCCGGGGAAACUUCUAGACUGCAGCAGAGCAGCCACACCUGUCUCCAGUUAUAAUCAGAGCCAAACUGCAGACAGGUGAAACCAAUCAGUCUCUCUACUUUAACCGCGCCCUGGGUUUCUUUCUUUGUCUUUGUUUUGAUCCCGGCAGGUGAAGGAGUAGGAGGCAAAGCGUACGGAAGGAAAAGGAGGCUUUAAAAGACGAAAGGAAAAUAGGCUUUUAACAAGGGUUGAUUUCCGCUAAAGACAAAGCUUGGAGGACCUUCCACGGGAAGCGAAGUAUUUACUUUGUUUCUUUUGGGUAUGAUUUGUCAAGAACGCUGCCAAAGCCUGAUCAUAAUAAACAGGUUUCACCUUUUCGUUGGACUUGUGUUGUGUGUGUAAACCCUGCCUUGCAAAGUACCCGGCCCCGAAACCGCUACACGCAAAGAAAUAUAUAUAUAUAUUUUGUGGUUUAAGGGCUGACAACCAUGGAAGAUCUGUUGAAGCAAUUGGUCACUUCCAAUAACAUGCAACAAGAAGCAAAUCGCCAGCAAGCGGAAACCAAUCGCUUGUUAUUGGACGAACAAAGGAAGUGUCAAGUGCAGAUGGAUAUGGAAAUGCAAAGGUUAACUGCUGAAAUCACUGCGGUGAAAAUUGCUCAACAGACUGCGGGUCUACCCAUCGCGGUAUCUACAGAAAAUGACGCCAAAUGAUGACGUUAAGGCUUUCCUAAAGACAUUUUAGUGUAUGGCCACAGAUAGAGUGGGCAGGAAUACUGGCUCCAUUUCUUUGUGGGGAUUUGGAAGCGACAGAAGCCAGUGACUAUGACACACUGAAGAAGGAAAUAUUAGCCCUGUUGGGAGUCCCUGUUUCUUUGAGGGUGCAGUGGUUCCAUACGUGGACGUAUCAAUCCGAGAAGACACCCAGGGCACAGAUGUUUGACCUGGUCCACCUAGCGAAAAAAUGGCUGGACCCCGUGACCCUCAGUACUGGGGCCAUGGUGGAAAGAAUAGUGAUUGACCACUACAUCCGGGGCUUACCUUAUGAGCUAAAGAAAGUUGUCAGCCAGAGCAGUCCCACCACGGCGGACAGAGUGGUGGACCUCGUUGAGAGAUGUUGAGCAACGGAAGAACUGCUCAAAACCAGCCAUCAGAACCGAACCACCCAUGAACAGGGAGGCCUCAAAGAAGGUGGAAGAAAAAUAGCAGCCACCCCUGGGUUUGGAAAUAAAUAAUCCAAAGGACGGAUGGGGAACAUGGAUGCCAGGAAUAGGUUUUACAGCCUGAAGCAAGGUGAGGUAUAGAGGGGUUGAUACCGACACCCGGGAGUGCUGUCGUGAAAUAGGACACAUCGCAUGGAACUGUACGAAGAAGGAGGAACCCAUGCAGGUCGAUAUUUCCAAUCUACACCACUGCCAUGUCAAUUCUGCCCAUGUCCAAGCCCACCGCCACCCACCGCACCUCAGUCGGGUACAUGUACAAGGGAAAGAAGUAGAUGCUCUUCUAGACUCCAGGAGCAUGGUCUCCCUCAUCAUACCUUCCCUACUAACCCAGCCGCAUAGGGCUGCAGCUCCACCCAUGGACAUCACCUGUGUACACGGGGACACCAAAACUUAUCCAACUGCAGUGGUAGACAUCAACACCACCAAAGGGCGGUUCAGAGGUAACCUAGGGUUGAUUGAAGAUCUACCAUAUCCCGUGAUACUGGGUCGUGACUGUCCGUACUUUCAAGAAUUGUGGAAAGUACUACAGGACAAAGGAGAUGGCUGUGCCAGUUAUAUGGCAUGCCAGGUACCAUUUACAUUUUCCAGUGAAACGAAAAUGAAACCGCUACAAAAGACCUCCCUGUCCUAUGAAAGAAAAAAUAACAAAUUGGUACUUACAUGCCGGCCUCCCAUGGCCAACACUUGUGUUCUCCUGGGAGAAGAAGGGGAAGAAGCCGACGAAGAGACGGGAAACCUAAGGGGGAUAAAUGGUCCCGAAAUGGGGGAAGAGGAGGAGUUUGAAGAGCAGGGCGAGGGGCCUGGAAAUUUGGUGACAAAUUAGUUUUUUCCUCCUGAGUUUCGUACGGCUCAGCUGGAAGACCCCACGCUACAGAACACAAGAUAGAAUGUUAAGGUAAUAGAUGGCAUACCUAUAAAUCCGGCUAAUGUACUCACUUUUCCUCAUUUUUCCAUGAGAAAUAAUAUCUUAUACCAGGUCACGGAAUCCAAUGACAUUACAGUGGAGCAGCUGUUGGUUCCAACCCCGUUUCGGCGAACAGUGCUGAACCUGGCCCAUAGCCAGCUAUUGGGAGGACAUUUACGGAGAGAGAAAACACAAGAGCGGGUGUUACAAUGUUUCUUCUGGCCGGGGGUGUAUGCAGAUGUCGUAAGGUGUUGCCAGGGGUGUCCUGACUGUCAGAGAACCUCACCCCUUCCUGAUUUACGAAAUCAAGGAAUCCCGUUGCCAGUGAUAGACACACCCUUCGAUAGAAUUGCUAUGGAUUUAAUUGGACCAUUGCCACGGUCUGCGAAAGACUUUCAACAUAUACUGGUUGUGGUAGAUUAUGCCACCAGGUAUCCCGAGGCCAUACCCCUGUGUAGUGCCAACACCAGGAGCAUCGCCAGAGAGCUGUUACAGAUGUUCUCCCGGGUGAGAAAUCCUGACGGACCAAGGCACAGUGUUCAUGUCCAAGAUAAUGAAAGAUCUAUGUAAAUUGCUUCAAAUCAAACAACUGCACACCUCUGUAUAUCACCCCCAGACUGACGGCCUAGUCGAGAGGUUUAAUAGAACCCUGAAAUCUAUGCUCAGAUGGACCAUGGAGCGGGAUGGCGAAACUGGGAUCUGCUGCUUCCGUUUCUGAUGUUUGCCAUAAGAGAGGUACCCCAGGCAUCCACUGGUCUUUCACCCUUUGAGCUAUUGUUUUCCCACAGGCCCAGGGCAUUCUUAGAUGUGACGAUGGAGAACUGGGAACAACAGCCCAGCCUCCACAACACUGUCAUAGAACACAUUGAAGGAAUGAGAGAACGCAUAAACAGUGUAAUGCCCAUCGUGAAGUAACAUUUACAGCAGGCCCAAGAAGCCCAAAGUCGAGUGUAUAAUCGGCCCGCUCAACCCCGAGAGUUCGCCCCAGGGGUUCGGGUUAUGGUGUUAGUACCCAUGACAGAAUGUAAGUUCCUGGUCACAUGGCCAUGGCGGGGUCCCUAUGAGGUGUUGCAGAAAAUGGGGCCCGUGAACUACCUCAUCCGUCAGCCAGGGAGACGGAAGCUAGAACAGGUGUAUCAUGUUAACCUGUUAAAGAAGUGGGUAAGUCAAGAAGCACUGUGGGGGGGGGGGGGACCAACAUUCAGACUUCACUAUUUUCGGCCACUUCCUCUUCUUCAGAGAACCUGCUGGAAGAAAUUGCCUUCGGAGAUGUAACGCCUUCCCAGACCCAGGAGCUAUGUGAGUUGGUUGUGAAAAAUAAAGAUGUGUAUUCUUCCUAACCAGGGCACACCCAUCACAUCCAACAUGACAUCAUCACGCCUCCGGGGAUACGGGUCCAUCAAAAACCUUAUCGGACGCCAGAGGCGAGGAGAGUGGCAAUAAAAGAAGAAGUGAGGAAGAUGUUGGAGCUGGAAGUCAUUGAAGAAUCACACAGUGCGUGGUCCAGCCCGAUAGUCCUGGUAUCAAAACCAGAUGGUACAGUACGAUUCUGUAAUGACUUCCGUAAGUUGAAUGCCAUUUCGGAAUUUGAUGCUUAUCCCAUGCCACGAAUAGAUGAGAUGAUGGAGAGACUGGGAUAUGCACGCUUUAUCAGUACACUUGACCUAACCGAGGGGUAUUGGUAGGUUCCUCUGACCCCUGCAGCUCGGGAGAAGACUGCAUUCUCUACUCCAGAAGGCCUGUUCCUAUAUGUGCGACUGCCCUUUGGACUUCAAGGAGCCUCUGCCACAUUUCAAAGGCUGAUGGACCGCAUUCUGCGCCCACAUCAAUCCUAUGCUGCAGCCUAUCUGGACGUUGUGAUCAUCCACAGCCACACUUGGGAGGAGCACCUAAUCCGGUUAACAGCAGUCAUCGAUGUACUUCGGCAAGCAGGGCUCCUGGCCAACCCAAAGAAAUGCACGCUGGGGGUAAGUGAAGCAAAGUAUCUGGGCUAUUCCAUAGGGCGAGGGUUCAUCAAACCACAAGAGAAGAAGGUCGCGGCAAUCCAGGAUUGGCCUCGACCAGUAAACAAGUAACCGGUACGUGCUUUCCUGUGAAUAACCUGUUAUUACAGACGUUUCAUCCAGGAUUAUGCAAUAAUUUCAGGAACCCUGUGUGACCUGACGCGGAAUGCCCAACCUGCCAUGGUAAAGUGGAACCCUGAGGCCGAAGAGGCUUUUCAAAAACUGAAAAUGGCCUUAUGCACUGCCCCUGUAUUGUAUUCUGCGGAUUUCUCGAAGCCUCUGAUUGUACAGACAGAUGCAUCGGACACGGGAAUUGGAGCUAUACUCUCGCAGGAAGUGAAUGGAGAGGAACAUCCAGUGCUGUACAUUAGCCGUAAAUUGACUCCCUGUGAAACCAAAUAUGCAACAAUAGAAGAAGAGUGUCUGGCGAUUAAAUGGGCUCUGGAGUCCUUGAAAUAUUAAGUUCUGGGUCGCAAGUUUGUAUUGAUGACAGAGCACGCUCCUCUCACCUGGAUGAAGCAGAAUAAGGACACUAACGCCCGGAUCACCCAUUGGUUCCUCAGCCUCCAGCCUUUCCACUACCAAAAUCGUCCACCGUUCGGGUUCUAAACAUGGUAAUGCUGAUGCCCUGUCUCUUCAACCGCUCUGACCCCAGUGUCAACGCUGAGGGGGAAGGUAUGUAGCAGUUUCAGGGGUUGUGUUGUGGAUGGACGUUAUGUGCCUUGCAGGUUUCUUUGUUUUUUGGCUGCCAGGUCCAUGGACAGCAUUGCGAAAUAUUUCCUCAGAGGCAGGACCACGGACAGCCCCGGGGAAACUUCUAGACUGCAGCAGAGCAGCCACAGCGUGGCAGAUGUGUUGUUACCUACCCUUACCACCUGGGGGCGGGAGGUGUUUAGUCCCAGGGUCCUUAGCUUAUUGAUGAGCUUUGAGGGCACUAUGGUGUUGAACGCUGAGCUGUAGUCAAUGAAUAGCAUUCUCACGUAGGUGUUCAUUUUGUCCAGGUGGGAAAGGGCAGUGUGGAGUUCAAUAGAGAUUGCAUCCUCUGUGGAUCUGCUGGGGCGGUAUGCAAGUUGGAGUGGGUCUAGGGUUUCUGGGAUAAUGGUGUUGAUGUGAGCCAUGACCAGCCUUUCAAAGUGCUUCAUGGCUACAGACGUGAGUGCUACUGGUCUGUAGUCAUUUAGGCAUGUUACCUUAGUGUUCUUGGGCACAGGGACUAUGGUGGUCUGCUUGAAACAUUGGGUGCAAUGAAUAUGGGACCAAAUACUAAACUUUUGACUACUUUAAUACACAUACAGUGCAUUCGGAAAGUAUUCAGACACCUUGACUUUUUCCACAUUUUGUUACGUUACAAUGAAUAUGGGACCAAAUGUUUUAUUCCCCCUCAUCAAUCUACACACAAUACCCCAUAAUGACAAAGCAAAAACAGGUUUUUAGAAAUUUUAGCAAACUUAUUUUAUAUUAUUCUUAUUUAAAAUGUAUGUAGCUCUGUCCUUGAGCUGUUUUUGUCUAUCAAUGAUUUGUAUUAUGUUAUGUUUUUUGUGGACCCCAGGAAGAGUAGCUGCUGCAUGAGCAUAAGCUAAUGGGGAUCCUAAUAAACAAACAAACUGCGUCCCAAAUGGCACCCUAUUCCCUAUAUAGUGCACUACUUAGGACACAACAACACAGAGAACCUGUGGCUACUACUGACACUCAUGUUUUACCCAUCACAUUUCUAACUAAUGAUGCAGGAUGGCGUGACGUCAAUGACAACGUUAUUUAUGAGCAUGGCACAAUGUCGUGCUCUGACCUUGUCCUCUCAUGGACUCGUGGCCAUGCUCAUAAGUAGUGCACGUGCUUACUCAAGUGAUUUAGUCAUACAGUCACCAAUAUGUUGAGCUCAUGAGUGUGAAAAGGCCUGGGUAAGAUGUUUCUGUUUUAGAAAAGUCCUAUAAAAUGAGAAGAUUUAUUGAAAAACGUUAUUUGACUGAUUACUUACUGCCAAGUAAAUAGAGGUUAUGACUCUCCGUCAAUAUUCAGUUGGGGCUGAAUGAAUGCAAUACCAAAACAUAGCCCAUAGGUUGUGGGUUCGAUUCCCACGGGGGGCCAGUAUGAAAAAAUGUAUGCACUCACUAAAACUGUAAGUCGCUCUGGAUAAGAGCGUCUGCUAAAUGACUAAAAUGUAAAUUGUACGGCUAGUAAACCACUAAAUAUUGCGACAUCAAUAGCAUCUGAUUACCAUAACUGCAUAUUGGUAAGUAAAGAUGUGCAUGGUGUGCAUGAAUACACAGAAAAACACUGACUUGUAUUGCUUGAGUGAUAAUCACAUGACAUAUCUCCUCUCAACAUCUCUUGAUCCCCUGACCCCUCCAGUCAGAAGGUCAGCCUGAAGGAGCGCGUUUUCUCCAGUCCCCGGAGCUCGGGGACAAAAGGGAAAGGUUCACCCCAGGGCCCCAGCAGACAAGGCAGCCAGGGUCAAGGCCAGGGGGGCCAAGGCCAGGGCCAACCCAUCCGCCAGUCCCCCAGCGCGGACAACACCAACGAAGACAGCCCCAGCAAAGUGCCCAAGAGCUGGAGUUUCGGAGAACGCAGCCGGGCACGUCAAGCCUUCCGCAUCAAGGGCGCAGCCUCGCGCCAAAACUCGGAAGGUAGGAUUAUCUUUACGCUAUGUGUUUCUGUGGUACUUGAUAUGUUGAGUUCAGUCUAGCUUUUGAAUGAUGUGUUAUUCUUUGUGGCUUUAGUGUUGCAAUGAGUUUGUGUGGUGUGAUGAGCUGUGCUGUGAGAGUUCAGAUCGUACGUGUUAUGUACUGUAUCUAUUGUGGGCCUGUUUUUUCCCGGGGGUCAUACCUUUUUCUCUGUUAUCUGUAGUAUCUUUGUUGCCUUGCUGUUUGGUUCAUUUGAAACAAACUUGGAACAGUACAAUUAGAGAAAGACAUGAUUAUGUUCUGCUGAUGUAGGUGAUGUAUAAAAUGUUAGGUGACAUUGACAAGUUACAACAAUGGUCAUAAUGCCACUUUAUGCUAUCAUAAGGAUUUGGUUAGCUACAUUACUCAGACUAUGGCUGGUUGAAACAAACCUUUGAACUGAUAACAGUGACAGUGUUAUAACCGCUGUUGAACUCAUGUUCUCACUACAUGUCCUAUAACAAUGCUAUUGGCAGUAUAUUAUUGGCAUUGGCGUUGUCACCACCUCUUAAAGUAUUUUGAUGUUCAAGUCUUAAAUUGUUUAAGUGUUACUGUUAAUUAAUCGUAGAUAUUAAUCAUGAACUAAACAGCAUGGCAGCAUAUGUUUGCCCUACAUGAUGCAGUUCUGUUAAACAUGUCCGGUCUGUUUUAUGUGUCUGUAUUCAUGCAAUUGUUGCUCUUGAUGGCGUUUUCUCUGUACGUUGACAGAAAACAAUCAUUUGAUGCACGAUUGGCAAAAUGCAAUCCUCAUCGAUUCCUUUUUCGUUUCUCUGUUUGACGCUGUGCUAAAGUGCUGAUUGAGAUGCAGGAUGAAGAAUUCAGACAGAAGAGGUCACCAGGUCAGGCAAACAGGGAUGAUUGUUUCAACAUCCACGAUCAACACAUCAAUAUAUAUAUAUAUAUAUAUAUAUAUAUAUAUAUAUAUAUAUAGGGAUUUAUUACCUCAUGUACAGAUAUGCUAUCAUGUUUUGUUUUUGGUUUGGUAUGCUUUUUGGACACAGAAGCCCAGUCCCUGACUAAAAAGCGUGCUCAAUGGAGAAUCUCCAUUUAAAGUGCUUUCCAGUCCAGGACUAGGCUUAAUCUGUGUCUGAGAAACCAGCCCAUGUUUGGAUUUUUUGUUGUUGUUGAUUUGUUCCAUUUGACAAACAGCUGUAAAGAGGUUAAAGUAUAGUACAAGAUAACAUAGAUUUUAUUUGCUGGCAAUGGCAUCACCUUCAUGUUGUCUGUUUGAUUUACUUUUGUUUUUGAAUAUGAUAACAUCAUAAACCAUGUACUAUGAAUACUAAUCUAUACUAAUCACCAGAACUGAUGUGAGAAAUCAGAUUUUUCUAAUUUCAUGUCCAAAUUCUCCCAAAGUGUCUAAAAUUGAUUGUGUAGCUCAAUAAAGUUACUUUAAGACGAUUUGGACAUGAAAUGAGAAAAAUCUGUCUAAAUCUGAUUUCUCACAUCAGUUCUGGUGAUCAUCCAGAUCAAAAUAAAGGCUAAAUGAUGCUUAAAACUAUUUCCUAAAGUCAUUCUAUGGAGUUAAGUUAGUGCCAAAAACCGAGUGUGCAUGUAAUCAGUGUUGUGCACAUAUUAGCUGAUAACUGUUGAAAAAUUAUUUGGCAGAAUUGCAGCAAUCAUUUAGUAGCAUGGUUAAGAUUUCAUCUCAACCCCAGUAACAAGCCAUAACAAUCUGUCAUUUUAUAGUAAUAAUCUGUUGAUAUGUUUGUUAUGUCAUGCAAAUUAUUAGCUUGGUAAAACAGAGCAAUUCAGUUUGGAUUCCGAGGCUAACAAAAAAAUAAGACUUUAGAGGACUCAAGUAAACUGUUCCAUUUAAGUUAGCCUGACAUGAUGCCUCUAUAACAUGAUCAUGACAAAUUAUAGUGUCAAAAUGACGACAUAAAACCGGUCAUGAUAUGUCAUUACCGUUACGCAAAGUGACAUAGCACAUACAACGCAAGGACUGUAAGACAUUUUCGUCUGAUUGUAUGUUUCGCCAUGUCAUAAUGCCAGCUUGGCUUACAUGUAAUGGUCAACUGUAGCAGGCCUAAUGCCAUUUCUAUGGUAGCCUUAUGAAGGCAUUAAGAUGCUGCAUUUACUGAUUUCCACUGCCCGUAACUCUAAUGCAGCAACCAGUUGUGACUUGGGAAUAAUCUUCAACUGCACACCUUUUGGAAAAACAAAGAUCCUACAUGCCUACAUGUUAAAAAGCGCAGUUGUGAGAUAAAGUAGGCUAUUUAUUAUUUUAUCAUGUCUACUGAUCAUUUAUCACAAAACCUACAAAUAUGUUUCAUAGUUGUAACGCAAUGCACAUAAUAUGUUCAAGUAUGUGACAUUAGAUUGAUCCAUCCUUUGGGGAAAGACUUUUGAAUAUACUGAUUUGGCACUAUUUGACUAUUGUACAAUACAUCACAUCUUGUCAUAUCUGAGCAGUGGAAUUAAUUCAAAUCUGAUAAAUAUACCAAUUUUGUAUACUGCUGAAUAAGUUGGCAGCUUUGCAGAGUUGCUGCUUUAGCCUCAUUCUGAUACUGUAUCAGUUGGGUCAUGCUCAUAUGAAGCCAUAGCUUAAACGGCUUUGGAACCUUGUUUUCAGAGUGACAUUUUGAUUGAGUUUGCUAGCUAACUUCUUGUACAUCCAAUGCAAAUUUCCACAGCAUUAUCACCGGUUGCUGCAUGACAGUGUAGGGUUUUCACUGUCAAAUUACCAUUGUGUCACAACAUGCCUUUUCACAAUUUUGCAAUAGAAUAAGUGACUGCAACCAGUAUGAAAAUCUUGGUAACACUUUCUGUGAAUGCCCUAAUCAUAAUGAAAUGUAAGCGCCAAUGUUUUGCAUUAUAAUUUUUUUUGCAUAUUUCUUAAGGGGUUAUUAAAACCUGUUGCUGCAGUCCUUUCUUCUUCAGUCCAUUCCACUAAUUACUGUACCAAACUACAUUUGAUGGCCAUAAUUAUUACUUAUCACCCCUCCCUUUCACGAUGCAGAUCUGGCCAAUACCCUUGCAGUCCUUAUUGCAUUGUACCUUCAGAGAGUUUCUGUAAUACAUGACAAGAUACAACCUGACACAACUGAAUAUCACCACUGCCCUCGGGUUCUUUACAUCAUGAUAUUGUAUACCAUUUCCUAAUAAGCCUGUUUUUUGGUGAUUGUAUUAUGAUUUUUUCCACAAUUUAACCAGCUUUAUCUUAUUGUCUUUUCCUUCUCCUCUACACCUCCUUUGCAGCAAUUGAGGGGUUAAUCAGUAAGAAGAAAAUCCCAUGUCUGCUAGGGGGAUGGUCACCAGAUCAAAAUGAAUAAAAACAAGUGUUUAUAUGAUAGAAGCAAUAUAAUGCAUGCCCAACUGUAGACCCAUUCCAUGAGCACAGUAGUGGGUGGGCCCCAUCAUUUCCAUAAUAGCCCACUCCAACUCCAAGCAAGCAGCCCGAAAGCCAUGCACUCAACUGAAAAUGGCUGCCGCUGCUGCAUUCUAACCUGCAUGAAGGAAGCUGUCUGAUCUUUGUCAGUUGGCCUUCGACGCCCACUAAGGGCCUUUAAACAUAGCACUAUAGAACCGUGACACUAGAUCCCCUCCCCUUAAAAUGGAAGCCAUGUUGGGGAAGACGUGUUGCAGUUUCACGGCUCUGUAGUUUGGUUGGCAUUAGGUGCACAAUGUUUUUGUCUGUUGGAGUGAAACUGGGAUAGGUCAAUGCUGUGACCCAAAAUGAUUGACACCUUCAGGCAAGUUCAAGCUCUUUAUUUGUCAAUACAGAUAUCUGCUUCAAAUUUCUUGAGCUCAGAGUUCACAUAGACAUACUUGAUUAUGCUAGAUACACAUACUACAUACACUAGAUACAUAGAACCAAAGACAAACAAAUCCUCUUGCACACCAUAAAACCAUUAUGGUCUUGAAAAGGGAGAAAUCCAUACCCUCUCAAAUACAGCACCAAUAUUGAAAUAUGUAGGGAGAGAUUUACUCAGCCUUGUCACCAGUCUGAACCUCCAAUUUCACUGAUGCAAAUUGCUGCCAACUCGAGUCUGGCCUUUAGAUCCCCAAAAAUAGAAAAGCAAUCCCUUACAAUAAUUGAAAGAUAAAUGUGUGACUGCACAAGCCAAUAUCCAAACUCCUUCUCGGCUCACUCCUCACAGUCAAAUUUACAGUAAAUCCAGUGACUCAGCCACACAAAAAAGUUUGAUAUCGAAAGGAGUAUCAGAAAUGUUUGAUGCUUAAUAUAAUGAAUUAUAUACAGUAGGACCAGUUUACACUGUUACACUGUUUCCACUAUUACGUUUUACUUCAAGAUAUAGCUAGAUACAUUGAUUGCGGAGUUAGCUGUCCUGCUAUGGCUUCUAUAUAGGUGCUUAUUGAGCAUCCAUGUUUUGUACUGUUACGUCUCUGUCUCUGCAUUGAACCUCAUGUAGGCACAUAGUCCCCCUUCUGCCAUAAUAGGCAUUCAGCAGUUUGAAACACUUGAACGACUAUCCCACUCUGCAUAGGCCUGCACCUUGAACUCAAGUGUCUCAAACUGCAGAUUGACUAGGCUGUGGUCCACUGCAGUGGACUGUCUACUGACUGUCUCAGUGUCAUGCACAACGAUGCUAGCUGCUAGCGUAGCUUAAGAUAAGAGCACACUGGCUUUGGCACGCCACGUCACGCCUCCAUAUUUUUGGGUCACAGUAGUCAGGUGAAGCCAUUAACCUCUGAAACUGGUACCGCUAUGUCCCCCCUUCUUCCCAAUCCCCCCCUUUCAUUUUCCUUAUCCUGCAUCAGCCAAUGAGAUGAACCGACACUGCCAUUAAGCUGCCCUCAAUUCGACGCCCAAUCCCUCACUGUAACCCUGGGCUGUGCAAGUUAAUGGCUGUGCCUUCGCUUGGUUCCAUGCAGACUGGCAUCCUUAAAGACUGAAUGAGUGGAGGUUAAGGGAGAGUGCAGAUGACAGUUCAGUGUUUCCCUCCACCCCAUCCCACAGGAACACGCUAACACCGGAGCUCUCGUGUGCUUGUUGUGUUUCGUAGAAGCCAGCUUCCCUGGAGAGGACAUAGCGGACGACAAUAAGAGCUGCCACUGUGAGUUUGUCCCUCAGGACUUGACUCCCGGACUUAAGGUCACCAUCAGGUCCAUUUGGUAAGCCAAGACAAGUUUUGUCUUUCAGAGUGGGUCUGGGUCAGGUGAAUCUCUAUCUCUCAUUAUCUGUAUAAUUUUUUUGUUCAUAUCACCCUCUUGUUCUUCCAUCUCAAUCUGGGAAAAUCGUUUCAUACUGUAUACAGACAUGUAAGAAGUUGAAUUGAGAUAUCUCACGGCCCACAUAAUUGUCCCAGACCCUAGUAUAAUGAUCUAUGAAAUGUCCCAUUUAAAAUAUCCUAUUGAGGUUGUGUUCAUAUCUCAAACGUCGCUCUCUCCUCAGCAUUAUGAGGUUCAUGGUCUCCAAGAGGAAGUUCAAAGAGAGCCUGCGGCCGUAUGACGUGAUGGAUGUCAUAGAGCAGUAUUCAGCUGGCCACUUGGACAUGCUGGCCCGCAUCAAAAACCUCCAGUCCAGGCAAGAUACCCUCCCUCUCCUAUUCUCUCUCUGAGACCUGUCUUUUGCCACACUUUUAGAUCCCUGGGUACAGCAAAAUUCCAAAUUAAUAAAAGAUUAAGACGUAUUGAUUGCGUAUGUCUUCACACCGCAGAGUUAAUACUUGGUGGAAGCACCUUUGGCAACCAUUACAACUGAAUCAUUUUGAAAAUAUUCUACCAACCUUCACAACACAUCAAAAUUGCUCAAGCUCAGUACAUUUAGUUAGGAAUCAUUAAUGGACAGCAAUAUUCAAAACUCAAGCAAAUUUAAGUCAGAACUGAGACUGAACCACUCAGGAACACUCAACACCUCUUGGAAAGCCAUUAAAAUGUGUGGCAUUAAAAUAUGUGUAAUUGUCCUGCAAAAAAUUAAAACUCUAUCCCAGGGUUAGGUUUACAGAAGAUUACGGCGGGUUUUCCUCUAACUUUUUACCUGUGCUUUGCUACUUUCAUAAUUUCUUCUGAUCCUGACAAACUCCCCAGUCCCUUGGACUGAAAUAGAUGCCGGUACUAUUUUGACUGCUAUUAUGAUUGUCUGUUUAUUUCAUAUCCGCAAAGUAGUUAAAACACUGUCAGUUCCACUGUUCCUGAGUGUUCCACAGGUGUUCCACAGGGGCGUAGGCACGGGUAGGACUGGGUGGGCGUAGGCCCACCAACUGGGGAGCCAAGCCCACCCAAUCAGAUUGAGCAAAAAAUUCAUAAUUAUGCUCUACUUCUCAGUGUUCCAAAUGGGACUGAGAGAUGACCAUUAGUCCAGUGAGUUGCAUGUUAAAUGCAAGAGUCAUGUAUUUAAGUAGGCCUACAAGACUACUUGGUCUGUAAUACUAUAUUAUAUAUUUUUUUACUUUUCACCCCAUUUUCUCUCCAAUUUUGUGAUAUCCAAUUGGUAGUUACAGUCUUGUCCCAUCGCUGCAACUCCCGUACGGACUCGGGAGAGGCAAAGCCAUGUGUCCUCCGAAACACGACCCUGCCAAGCCGCACUGCUUCUUGGCACAAUGCUCGCUUAACCCGGAAGCCAGCCGCACCAAUGUGUCGGGGGAAACACCGUACAACUGGCGACCGAAGUUAGCGUGCAUGCGCCCGGCCCGCCACAAGGAGUCACUAGAGCGCGAUGGGACAAGGACAUCCCGGCCGGCCAAACCCUGCGAAUUGACCACAAAAAGCCAAACAGAUAUAUUUGACUAAAACAUAAUAAUUUAAAACCUUGCUUGCAUAUUUGUAUACAAUCACAUAUACUGUAUCUCUCUAAUUACGUGGGAAUACUUUGAAACGGAUUUCCAAAAUUAAAAUCACUUGGAUCUUUACAGUCUUAUUUAUGUCCAACAACAAAAAAUGUCAGGGGCCAAAUAAAAUAUUGUUACUUUUACUUAAACAGGUAAGUUACUGAGAACACAUUCUCUUUUACAAUAACAAACUAAAAUAAUGACACUUGAGUCAGUGCCAUGCUUUGAUGUCACACAAUUCAUAGCUCAAUUCAAUUCCUUAAACCUAUUGUUGACGGUGUUAUGAUAGUCUGUCAAUCAAAUAUUCCUAAACCAAAUGGCAUGUUGUUAAUGCUGUGAGCAAACAACAGCCACUGUUGGCUGGAAUCAUAGGAUGAUUGAUAAUUCAUGAUCUUCCUGAGUCCCACCCACAUCACUUUAUAGGCUACUGUACCUCAAAUAAUUACACGAAAAGAUCAACUCGCAAUACGGAUUCAGUGAAUCAGUGAUGAUCAGUGAUUAUUUCAAUGAAACGUUGAUGUAGUCUGCUUCUUUGUAACUGUCCUGUAUGCAUGUUAAUACAACUGUUAUCAAGACAAUUAGCAUUUGGCUUGACCUGCUCCCUGCAUAUUUUAUGAUGUUAAGAGACUUACCAUAAAGGGUCCAAUUUCCAGAGACACAACCCUGAUACCCAUGACCAAGCAAAUUUUCCGUGAGGUUGUUCUUACCAAGUGAACCCAGCAAUUUUUUGUUGUUGUUGCAAUUAUGGAGUUGUGAGUUUUGUUCCCCCAAAGGUCAGAACGCAUUGAAUCUGAAUUCAACGUCUAUACGCAUUACACAACAAUAGUAAGUGUCUGUCCACCAUGUAUAACACAAAGGCGACAUCUUGAGCAUAUUCAGUCUCAUCUCAGGGGCAACGUUGUCGAAUAAGUACAAUAUAUGUUGUGAGUUUACAAAUGAUACCACAUAUAUGUAAAUAUAUUCCUACUUAGAAGAGAAAAAAAUGUAACAUUCAAAUCUCCUCCCUAUUUGUUUUAAAAUGAUGGCUUCACUGUCAUAUCAUACAUCUGCAGUACAGAGGCUGAUUAAUUUACCAAAUGAAAACAGCAAUUUGCUGUUUUACUAUUGGCAAAUAUGUUUGGAAUAUAUUUUCACUUAUUUGUCCUUGUCUUUUGUCUCCUGGUUCUGUUGUUUUGGUUUCGUUCAUUUGAUGUGCGCCUGUCGGACUGGUCCUUGUUGCGCCGUCAUCCUGCAUUGUGCUGGUGUCUUCUCUAUUCACUUUUGCCAGGAUAGAUAUGAUUGUUGGUCCCCCUGGGCCCUCAACUCCCCGCCAUAAGAAGUAUUCAACUGAUGGACCCAAAGAGUCACCAAAAAACUCUCCUAGGUUAGGCCUCACCAGACUACCUCUCUCUCAUCAAGAGCUUAUCCCUCAGUUCAUUAUCUAUUGUCUUGACAAGCAGCGAGAAACCUUUUUUUGGCUCGGCCUACUGUGACAGCGUGUUACUAGCGGUGUCUACAUCGCAGUGUGAUGCAGUGACUUGAUCAAAGUAGCAAACGUCUUGCAGCAAUUAUUCAGUUAUUCUCAGCAAAGAAUUACUCAAACUCAGUGAGUCAUAGUCUCUUUGAUGCCCUUUGAGUGCUGAUCAGCUGUAUACACAUGUGUAUACGCAUACACAGAGUGUACAAAACAUUAGGAACUCUUUCCUAAUAUUGAGUUGCACCUUCUUUUACCUUCAGAACAGCCUCAAUUCGUCGGGGCAUGAACUAUACAAGGUGUAGAAAACGUUCCACAGGGAUGCUGGCCCAUGUUGACUCCAAUGCUUCCCACAGUUGUGUCAAGUUGGCUGGAUGUCCUUUGGGUGGUGGACCAUUCUUGAUACACACGGGAAACUGUUGAGCGUGAAAAACCCAGCAGCAUUGCAGUUAUUGACACACUCAAACCAGUGCACCUGGCACCUACUACCAUACCCCGUUCAAAGGCACUUAAAUCUUUUGUCUUGCCCAUUCACCCUCUGAAUGGCACACACACACAAUCCAUGUAUCAAUUGUCUCAAGGCUUAAACACCCUUCUUUAACCUGUCUCCUACCCUUCAUCUACACUGAUUGAAGUGGAUUUAACAAGUGACAUCAAUAAGGGGUCAUAGCUUUCACCUGGAUUCACCUGGUCAGUCUGUGUCAUGGAACGAGCAGAUGCUCCUAAUGUUUUGUACACUCAGUGUAUCUAACACAUACAACAGUAAAAAAUAUAUAUAUUCUUAUUUGUCUUGCGCUAUACUGCUACGAUUUAACUAGAGAAUUAAUAAAAGUAGAAUAAAAGUAAAAGAAGACUAUGGUAAAUGCUCCUGUAGGAUAUAGGAGAGCUUAUGCUCCUGUAGGACAUAGGAGAAGCGAAGCUCAUAGGUAAGUAGUCAAGUCAUGUAGCCAAACAAAAAAGGGUUGCGCUGCUGGUGUAAAAAUGGCUUUAUAAAUAAAUGUGAUUGAUUGAUAUUGCCUGCAAUGCAUUGACAAUGUGAAGGCCUUCUACGUAAAGAUAGCGAAAUGAAUCUACAGCCUAUGACCUGUGAGGCGGCUAUGAACAAUACAGUAUAUUCUUCGGUUUUGGAUGCAUGUUGGCAUGAAGUGUAUUGAAGCAUGCCACGAGAUGCACAAUGUACCUUUUAGAAGUUGCAUAGUUUCUAAUCUUGGCCGCUUUGAAUGCUUGCAAAAUUGGUAAGCAUGUUUUGCCUAACCAUGGAGCCGUUCUGUUAAUAUCUAUUUUUUCUACUGAGGAUAUUGCUCUCUUAUUCAGAUGUUUAAAAUGGUAGUUCAGUGCCAACCCUCUUAUAAGUAGGCCUCAGUCAGUUUUCAAUCUUGCAUAGAUGUUAUGGAUGGUUUUUAGAAGGUUCAUGGUGCUUUACAACCUGGUCUCAGAGCAUUUAGUAUUAUUCUUUAUGUAAAUCCGGACCACACCAUUUAUAAUGUAUUAAUUUGUGGAUGACCAUCAUCCAUCUCGUAUGAUAUGUUACAAAUUACAAUUCGUAUGAUAUGUUACAAAUUUGCUAAAUGUACGAUAUGUUAUGUUUUUGCAAAAAGUACAAUAUGUUACCAAUUCCAAUUUGUUGUAGCUAUGUUAGCUAGGUGGCUAAUGCUAACGUUAGCUAGCUGGCUAACGUUAGCUAGGCUAGGGGUUAAGGUUAGGGUUAAGUUUAGGAGUUAGGUUAAAGGGUUAGGGUUAGCUAAAAACGUUAGGGUUAGGGGAAGGGUUAGCUAACAUGCUAAGUAGUUGCAAAGUAUCUAAAAAUAUACUAAUUAGCUAAAAUGCUAAAGUUGUCCGUGGUGAGAUUCGAACACGCAACUUUUGGGUUGCUAGACGAUCACGAUAUACGCCCACCCAUCCAACCUGACCAACCACCCUCCUUUCGUUUUUGCCUUAAGUUACAUUCUGUCUUAUGUAACCAUACCAAAUGUAACAUAUUUGAGUAUCCCAUACUAUGUUAUGUCUAGUCUGAGACCAGGCUGUGCUUUAGGGCAAUAAGUAUCGCUGAUCCAAUAUGUCCAAGCAAUGUUUUCAGUGACACUUUACUUGAAGCAACCUUCCCUUGAAGUGUAAACAUUCGAUUCACACUUUACCUUUAGAAUGCGUACAGAACCUUUGUCAUAGCAGUCAAAGAUUCCUUGUCAUGACUGUUUGUGACAACUUGCCUUACACUUCUGACAACUGGCAUGCCAAUGUUAUAAAGCAGACCAUCUAUGGCAACCAUAUUACCAUCCCUGGCAACUUCAUAGGGUGUUACUUCCUUUGCAGAACCUGUAAUACCCACUUGAGACAGGUAUUAUGUCAUUCUUAUAACAGCUUUAAGUAGGCAUACAAACAUAAAGUAAUGUGUUGCUGUAUUGUCUUGCUGGGUUCAAGAGCCAAUGAUGAGUAGUUGAAAUAAAAGAUGACCCUAACCCUGCACCCUGUAAGGCCCUGGGUCCUCCUCCUCCUCCUCCAUCUCUCCGUAUGCCAUCCCAUGCAUGUGCCCAUCCCACUCCCACUGUGCUCAGCGCUCGGCAGGUGAGAGCUAUACCUGAGUGAUCUCCUCUCUACACCUGCACUCCUCUACAUCUUGCAGAGAAAGUAUUGGGUUACAUACAUUCUUUACAAUUGUGGACAUUCAUUACUUUUGAAGGUUGAUUUUAUUUUUGCUGUGUCAAUUUCAAACAGGUUUUCUUCAACGCUGUUGGCUUUAUUCUAGACAUUGUCCGUUUGUGUUUUGAAUCGGUAGAGUUGACCAGAUUGUUGGUCGAAGUACUCCAAUCACAGAUAAAGACCGUCCCAAAGGAACCACUGACGGGGGGGUUGAGGAGGACCCAAGCAUGAUGGGGCGUUUGGGGAAAGUGGAGAAAAAGGUAAGGUAUACCAUUAGCAAUUAAUGGCAGUAUUCACUGUGUCCCUGUGUUUCCCUUGGGCUUUCCAAUUCUCCAUCACGCCAUGGUGUCUUCCCUUCUGGGCAGGUCAUGUCAAUGGAAAGAAAGCUGGACUUCUUGGUGAACAUCUACAUCCAGCGCAUGGGCAUCCCCCAGUCGGAGACUGACGCCUACUUUGGGUCCAAAGAGCCCGACCCGGCACCACCCUACCACAGCCCCGUGGACCACAUGGAAAAGAGAGGCUCCAUCACCAAGAUCAUCCGCUUCAACAGCUCGGCCGGACAGAAGAACUUCGACCCCCCGCCAGCCUGCUCUGGCCUGGGGGGCCACUGCCCCCCCUCCACCUCCUGGCAGCAGCACCCUGUCAGCGAGUUCCACCAGCGCAGCCAGGGCAACUCGCCUUCCCCCGUAGGGGAUCCCUCCCUGGUCCGCAUCCCUCCUCCACCGGCCCAUGAGCGCUCAUCUGGAGGCCACAGUGGGAGCAAUCGGGGGUCCCACCGCAACAACGGUGGUGGUGGCAGUGGCGAGGGGGAUAGAGAGGGCAAGGCAGACAGCGACACGUCCAUCUCUUUCCCCUCGGUGGACCACGAGGAACUUGAGCGCUCCUUCAGCGGCUUCAGCAUCUCCCAGUCCAAGGAAAAUCUGGACUUCCUGAACAACAGCAACUUCAGUGUUGUAGCCCGCUGCGCCAAAGUAAGGCCCUAUAUCGCAGAAGGUGAAUCCGACACUGACUCGGACCUCUGCGCCCCCUCGCCCCACUCGGCCACCGGGGAAGGCGCUUACGGGGACAGAGGGUGGUCAGGAUCCAAG